UUGCAAAGAACAGUUGUCUCCCCUGUAACAAGCCCACCUUCGACGUCGAAGGGCAGAAGUUCUCAUAAAUAUGAGUGCAAUUUACAGGGGAAUUGUAUCAGUAGCAGACAAAUUUGUCCCAGCCAAACUUGCCCCAUUUUGGAAUCAUCCAGCUGGUCCCAAGACUAUAUUUUUCUGGGCUCCGUCUUUUAAAUGGGGUUUAGUUAUUGCUGGCAUUGCAGACAUUGCCCGCCCUGCUGAGAAACUUAGUGCGCCACAGUCAACAGCCUUAGCAGCAACAGGUAUCAUAUGGGCCCGUUACUCAACGGUUGUUAUACCUAAGAACUGGAAUCUCUUCACAGUAAAUAUAUUUGUAGGGGCCACAGGCCUCUAUCAGAUAUCUAGAAUCGUCAACCAUAGAAGAUCAUUAGCAGCACAAGCAGCAGAAGUAGAAAAAUGAUGAACUGAAGAUGUAAUAGCAAAUGUGAUUUUCUGACUGUGUUUGUGUGAUAGAGAGAAUAAUAUUUUUACUGGGUUAUUUCCCUUGGCAAAGUGUAACAAGUGAUCUCCCUUGUCAAUGUCACCAUGUCUUUACUUCAACUUGUUCAGAAACGAGAGGAAAGAUGAUCCUAACUGAGUUAUUUCCCUUAGUAAAGUGUAAAUGAAUUAUCUCCCUUGUCAAAUCUCUGAAAUCAAUUUUAUCUUCAAUUGAAAGCAAGGUUUUCUUUAAAAAAAAAUCCCUGCUUUGAUGUAACUUCUCACUCUUUUACAACUCAUUAUUUUUAAACUUGCAAAUCAAAAAUUCACAUAAUUAGAUUUUAAAUCUUGUUUUUAUUUCUACAUUUAAGAGUAAAGCUGUACAUUGAAGAAAUAUUUUAAGUUUAUAUGAAGGUUUAUUUGGAUGUUAUGUUUGCGUUUGUGUGCAUGGUUUUUAUGUUUCAACACCGGUAAUUUCCAAUUCACCAGAUAUUGCUGUUUACACAUGUCAUAAAGCCUUUAAUUUUAUUUGGGUUUACUGUUUCAUCAACGGACAUAGCACAGGAUUUCAGUUUAUUGUACUAGAUACUAGUGUGGUGUACUGUGAAUUGUGACAUCAUCUCCUUUAUAAUUCUGCCAUCAUAUGAAAUUCUAUGAAAUUCUAUCACAUUACAAACUUAAUGAUCCAUUUAGUGUAAUUAAUUUAUCUCCUGUUGACAGCAAUAUAUGGUGUAUAAAGAUAUUUUUAGACUAAGCAAGCUCAGAGUUUCAUAUCAGCAGAACUGUUAAAUACAUUAUGUUAUAUAUUAAUCAGUUUUUUUAUUGUAUAGUUAAAUACUAAAUAAAAAAGACAAGUUUUCUUA